AUGCGCUUCUCAUCUGCCAUCCAGGUUGCUGCUCUUGUGGGGUUGACUUCAGGUCGAUCAAUCCCCGGGGGCCAUGUCGUUCACGAGAAGCGCGGGGUCCCGAAUCCCAAGUUACACAAACGAGUUUCACCCGAUGUUGUGCUUCCCGUCAGAGUAGGCUUGAAGCAGAAUGUCAAGGCAAUGGAGCAGGCAGAGGAUUGGUUGGCGGAAAUUUCUCACCCUAGCUCUUCUUUAUACGGCAAACAUUGGACUCUGGAUGAGGUAGUUGAAGCCUUCAAGCCUUCCGAUGACGCUGUUGAAACGGUGGCUGCUUGGUUGAUCAAGUCGGGUAUCUCUAAAGAGAGAAUCACUCACAGUGAUAACAAAGUGUGGUUGGCCUUUGACGCCACUGCUGCAGAAGUCGAGAGCCUGCUGAAUACCAAAUACUUCCAUGAUGAUCGAGACCGCGCUCUAGUCGCUACUCAUGAAUAUCAUCUGCCAGAACAUGUGUCAGAACAUGUCGAUUACAUCACCCCCGGCCUACCAAAGAAGUCGACACCAGACGAUCUUUCAACUUGCGAUCAAACCAUUACGCCUAAAUGCUUGCAAGCGCUUUACAACUUCGAAGCCCCUGAUCCUCACGCCAAAGUCAGCAAAAACAACUCUCUCGGCGUCUUUGAACAAGGAGAUGUUUAUUCUCAGCCAGAUUUUAAUGCAUUCUUUGCCGAAUACACCCCAUACAUUCCCAACGGCACUCAUCCCGCUUUAGACUCAAUCGAUGGUGCCAAGGCCCCUGUAUCGCAAGGAAACGCUGGUGGUGAAAGCAACCUCGACUUUGAACUCGCAUAUCCCAUCAUCUACCCUCAGACUACAACCCUCUUCCAAACCGACGACGCAUUCUAUGCGCAACAAUUCACUGGCGUCUUCAACACCUUCUUUGACGCCCUUGAUGGCUCCUACUGUACCUACUCUGCUUUUGGAGAGACGGGCAACGAUCCCACGCUUGACCCUGUAUAUCCCGAUACGACGCACCCCGGUGGUUACAAAGGCCCUCUCAUGUGUGGCGUCUACAAGCCUACUAACGUAAUCUCCAUCUCAUAUGGUGUUCAAGAGAGCGACCUCCCCGCAAACUACCAAAAGCGCCAGUGCCAGGAGUUCUUGAAACUUGCUCUACAGGGCGUGUCUGUCUUUGUAGCUAGUGGCGAUACUGGAGUGGGCGGUUAUCCUGGAGAUACUGAUGCAGAUUUCUACGGUUGUCUCCGAGAUGACGAUGUCUUUUCUCCCACACACCCCAACAGUUGCCCGUGGUUGACAAAUGUUGGAGCCACAAAGGUCUACCCAGGAAAGACAGUCCAUGAUCCUGAGAGCGCUGUCUUUGAUCCUAGCCCUUCUUUCAACUACAGCAGUGGUGGUGGCUUUUCCAACAUCUACCCAAUUCCCAAGUACCAACAAAGUGCCGUUGCCAACUACUUCAAGAAAUACAACCCGUCAUACCCUUACUAUGAAAAUGGCCAAUACCAAAAUAGCACGGGCAUCUACAACCGAAAUGGACGAGGCAUCCCCGAUGUGGCAGCAAAUGGUGAUAACAUUGCAGUUUGGGUGCAAGGUCAGAAGGGGCUCUCUGGCGGCACAUCCGCUUCUGCGCCCAUUUUCGCAUCGCUCAUCAACCGCAUCGUUGAAGAGCGCAUCAAGAUAGGAAAGGGACCGUUGGGACUCAUUAACUCAGUGCUGUACGAGAACCCGGGAGUCUUGAACGACAUCACAAACGGAACCAACCCUGGUUGCGGCACCCUUGGAUUCAAUGCCACCAAAGGAUGGGAUCCUGUUACUGGACUGGGCACACCCAACUAUCCCAAGAUGCUCGAGUUGUUCUUGAGUUUGCCUUGA